UCUAGUAAACUUUUAUACAAACAACCACGAAUGUUGACCCAACCGAAUCAAUUUCAUUAAAUCAGACGGAAAUCAGACACCAAACUGGCCAAAACUAUCUCAAAUUUAUUGCGCCAAGUUAAUUCAGUCCCAAAAUUGUUUUGUUUAAUUCUUUUGUGACUUUCGUUUUUGUGAACCUUCGGUCACAAGUUGACUGUCAAGUUUGGUGGUCGAUAAACUAAGAAUCGAGUAUUUUGUUGAAAAUUCGCCUUUAAGUAUGAGUUUCCAGUUUAACAGUCAAGGGAAUGGGACUGGGGGCCAGUCCGGGUUUGCCCCCUCCGACCCGAGCGACUUCGCCCUGUUCCCGGCCGGUUUGAACGACUCCCCCUUGGAGUUCAACAUGAGCAAAAGCAAGACACCUUCGCGGCCCGUUGACGACAAAGACGACUCAAGUUUGAGCCCCCCUUCGGACAAAAGGGGCCGUCGUAGAGACAGAGACCGGCGAGACACCGACAAGUCUCGCGACGACUCCGAUUCGAACAUGUCCAACUCGCAGGACGUGAUUCCAAACAUGUGGGGCGGCAUGAUGGGAAUGGGGUACCCCAUGGUGGGCAUGAACAUGAUAAUGGACCCGAGCAUGAUAUCGAUGAACAACUACGGCAUGAUGCCCCCAAUGAUGGCCCCCGACCCCAAUAUGAUGACCCCCGCCGACGCCAACAUGCUCAUAAAUCCGGUCAAGGAAAUCAUACAUUGCAAAUCCUGUACGUUAUUUCCCCCGAAUCCAAAUGCACCGCCGCCUACAACACGGGAACGGCCGCCGGGCUGUCGGACGGUUUUCGUCGGGGGUUUACCCGAAAAUAUGACCGAGGAGAUUAUAACCGAAGUGUUUGAACGUUGCGGCGAAAUUACGACUUUGAGACUGAGCAAAAAAAAUUUCUGUCAUAUUCGAUUUGUCUAUGAGGCGUCGGUUGACGCCGCCAUUUUUCUCUCAGGUUACCGAAUUCGCAUUGGUUCGAAUAGUGAUACGCCAAAUACUGGCAGGUUGCAUGUGGAUUAUGCCCAGGCACGCGACGAUCAGUAUGAGUGGGAGUGCCGACAGAGACAGUUGCAACGAGAACAAAGACACAGAGAGAGGAUGGAGGAGGAGAGAUUGAGACCGCCAUCACCGCCCCCUGUUGUCCAUUAUACAGACCAUGAGGCCAUAGCAAUAGCUGAAAAAAUCAAACAGGAUGAUACUUUUACCAAAGCAGUUUUGGUCGUAAUCACGUGGUUGGAACGUGGCGAUUGUAAUAAAAGAAAUGCGAAUAAUUUUUAUUCAAUGAUACAAUCGACGAAUUCACAUGUACGAAGAUUACUUAAUGAAAAAUCACAGUAUGAAGAAGAAUUGAAGAAAGCGAAAGAGAUAAUGAAGGGACGAAUGCAAGGCAUUUUGUUACAAUUCAGUCAAAUUGAGCGAUUGUUCGUGGCGGCCUGUCACAAGAAGGUUUGGGACCAUUUCACCAAAGCUCAAAGAAAGAAUAUUGAAACGUGGAAAAAGCUGUCUAUGGAAAUCAAAAAUGUGCAAUUGGAUGAGCCAACUACCGAUAAAGCCGACGAUGAAAUGGACGUUUCUGAUGAAGAUGAGCCAUUGAAGAAGAAACAUCGUGAUGGUGCAAAUGAAGAACGGAAUAAUUUGAAAGAAGAAAAUGAAAGUCUUCGGUGUCAAAUGGAGGCGUACAAGAAUGAAGUCGAAGUACUUAAAAUGGACUACAAGAAAGAAUUGGACGACAAAGACAAACAAUUCAAAUUAUUGCAACAAACACUUCAAGGGAUGCAACAGCAACUAAUUGAAGCUAAAAGACGCCAGACUGAAGAAGAGACCAAAGUUAAAGAUCUCCAAUCGAAACUAAAACAAUUGGAGACAAAACAAAGUGAUAAAGAUGUUAUCACUCUUGAUGAUAGUGAGAGUAAUCAAGCCGAGAGUACAACAACAUCGGAAUCGACGACUUGUGAUGUUCAGAAAUUGAACGAAUGUGAUGCAAAAUUGGUGGGAAUUAUUUCGGCGUUUCUCAAUGUGCACCCAUUUGGGGCCGGAUUAGAUUACAUUUGGUCGUAUGUGAGCAAAUUAGAGGCUAAUUUAAGGCCCUCAGACAUCGAAUUGGUGAUGAAUCGAUUCCCGAAUGUGUUUAAACAAGAAUUGGUGGGGAUUGGGGCCAAUAUCGAGCGGCGGUGGAUCUUCAACGCGUUUAACACAACGGCCAAGAAUUGAAACUGUAGUCAUUUUAUUUAUUUAUAGUUGAAUAAAGGUUAGAAAGGAAUAAAAAAAAAAUUUUGAGCACCCUGUUUGC